GCGGAGUGCCGGGCGCUGACGGCGAAGAGAACCGCCAAGAACUUCCAGCGCGAAUCUUCCCCGUUGGCUGAGGAAGCGUUCGCGCUGGCCGCCGCCUCUAGGGGUCGCUGUGGGCUGGGGCGGCUGCUGCUGCUGCUGCGAAGGAGCGGCGCGGGCGGAGACGUCGCGCGUCGGUUUCCGAGGAACGACGUCGCGAGUCCUCGGCGCGUUCCUCUCAGAGUCGGUUCCGUUGGAGGCCUUGCUUCUCCUCCGGGCCACGCCGCCGCCUUCCGGAGUAGCCGAGGAAGGGGAGGAGCCGCGCCAUGUCGGUGCCCCCGACAGGGUUCCCCCCGCCGCCCCUCGGCUCCGCCGGCGCCUCCUUCCCGGGAGGGCCCAGCGUGGGGCCCGCCAGCCUCAGAGCCUCGGGCGGUGUGGGGCUGUGUCAGAACGGUAAGGGAGCAGCGGGGCCGGCCGGGCCCAGGACGGCGGAGAGGGGCUGAGGCUGAAGGGAGCGCGGGGCCUGGUGGGGGGGGCAUGAGGGGUGGGGUCGGCCCACAGUGCAGGGGGCGAAGGUGGGAAGUGGGGGGGGGCAACUGGGAGGGGCAAAGGCAGCUCCUGAUGGGAAGGGGAGGCAUGCCAGGCUGGCGGGAAGGGGUGGUGCAAGGAGCCCCCUGGGGAGGUCCUGGGUUGGAGCAAGCGGGAGGUGAGGGGCGGGUUGUGGGGCAGAAAGAGGGAGGGAGGCUGACUUCGAGGUGAGCGUGGAACUGUUAAAGGCUUUCAGGGUAUCUUAACUUCCAUGGGGGUUUCUUUGGUGGUGGGACUUGCGGCCUGCUUUUGGGAUCCCCCCCCCCGUCCCUAUGCUCCCCAAAGUUAGGUUCUGCAUCCUGUAUUCAGCAGUGGCAGGGCGGUUGCUUUUGAAAAGGGAGCUGGGAAAGAGCACGAACCCAGGGCAGAAAACGGUACUGGAAGGCUUUACUGGCUCAAGGCAUGCAUUGAUACGUACACGUUUAUUUCAUGGGAUCGACACACUGUAACAAAACCUCAGACGGGCCUUUGGGGCUGUAGAAGAGAAGACUGCCAAAAUUUGCAAUACGGAGAGGUUCCAUUUAAUUGUUGUUGCUAAUAGCCAUUGGUGGUGCUACCCUUUGACUUUUUCCAAUCUCCCUUUAAAGUCAUCUAAACUGGUGAUCGCUGACACACCUUUUGAAGUUAAUUAUGCUUGGGAUAAAGAUGUACAGUGGUACCUCAGGUUACAGACGCUUCAGGUUACAGACUCUGCUAACCCAGAAAUAGUACCUCGAGUUAAGAACUUUGCUUCAGGAACUUUGUUUUUUAAAAAGUGCUCCAAUCCCUCAAUUUUUGUGAGACUUUCUUGCACCUUUUCCAGGUUUUUGGUGGCCUUCUUGACGCAGUACUGUCCAUGUUCCAUAUUGCAUCUACACCAUAAAUUAAUGGAAAGACAUGAAGAUAAUGGCUCUUAUUUUUAAUUUGUUUGCAAAACAAAUCUCUGACAUCAACUUUUUUGUGCUGUUCUGUUCUAAAUGGACACAUUCAUUUUCUUUAUUGUGUAGAUCAGUAUUAGAGAUUUUGCCCCAAAGUGUGAUUGGCUUUACAUUUGUUUGCAUUAGAUCCCCCCCCCCCCCCAAUUUUGUACAUUCACCUAGUUUGGAGAUUUUGUUUUUGAGCGAUCUGCUUGUUUUUAGCUUGAAGGUAACUUUUUCCUACUCUGGGAUCCUGAAUAGAGUGCUAUAGUUGUCAUACUGUGGUUUUUCAACAGCUUUUUUAAAGCAAUUUCCCAAUAAAGUGUGUUUUGAGCUAAUGUAAACAAAUGUUCUUAUCAUCAAACAUUCUUACAGUCACUGUCUGAGUCAACCAGAGUUAAACAGAUCCAUGGAGGAUACAUAGUAUAUCUCUGAACAUUAGGUGAUGAAGGAAACAGUGAGGGAUGGCUGUUGCUUUCUACAGUUUGCAUGCUUUGUAGAAGCAGCUGGAUGGCUUUUGUUGGAAACAGGUUGCUGAACUAGUUGAGUCUUUGCUCUGAUUCUGCAGAGCAGUUACGUUACACAGAACAUACCACAGAUAGUCUGCUUUGCUCCUUUUGGUUGGGAGGCUUUUGUUUUGUGAAAGAUUCUCAGGUUAGAUUGUAUCUCUUUUGAACAAGUAUGCAUUAUCAAAAUUGCAUAUGUCUUGGCAUGUGUAGAAUAAAGUUAUUUGCUACAACAAUGACAACAAAAACCAUUUAGAGGGCUUAGUAAGAUAGCUACAGAUUUAUAUAGCAAUCGAGCCCCCAGCCCCAUUUUGGUCUAGGGAGAUGGUGUGAAUCUAAUGUCACUCCGCAUGAGGGGAAUUUCCUAUUCUGCCCACUGAACACCCAGCCAGGGUGAGCAGCAUGGCUGUGGAUGAUGUGGUUGACCUACUGCUCUAUUAAGCCUCACUGCUGCCUGGCCAAGGUUUGGAUUUCAGUGUAAAUUUGUUAACGUUGCCAAAGAUUUGUGGAGUUUUCUCAAAGCUUUAAAGAAAGUAUUUAUGGCAAAAAUACAAGUUUCUAAAUACAGUUAAAAUAACUUAAGUGCUGCUGACAGUAAUUAAGUUUGUUUGAAUAAACAAACUUAUCUAAAGCAGUUUACUCACCAGAUAUCGUGGUUGAAUAAAUCUUCAUGAACAAAAGAAAGUCUUUAGCUAACGUUUAAAAGAGUAAGCCAAACCAUGUAUUUCAUAUGGUUUAUUCAGUUCGAGGAUUUUUGUCAGGAUCCUGAGGAUUCCAGAAUUUUACAGCCCUCAUUGUUGCAAGCAGGUAAUGGCAAAGACUUCUCAUGUGGUUUUCAUUUUUUAAUUAUUUUGGCUACCCUUGGAAGACAAGACAUUGUUAAAUGUAUGAUAGUUUUUAGAUACAUGGUCUCAAAAGUAUGGUUUUAGAAAGGUUUGUUUGCUUCUUGAUGGACAUGAUUCUUGCUUGGUGGCAAAUCAUAGGGCAUCACGUUACUGUUGUUAGCAGUUCUAAUCUGUGGGGCCUUUGCCAGAGGUGUGGGAAUGCUGUGCAUAUUAAAAAUAAACUUUUGAGAGUAGUAUUAUGCAGUAGCUAGAGCUGAGGUUUUUAGAUGUCAUAAACCUAGGCUGAAUUCACUGUUCCUCUAUUAAGGCAGAAAUAAGGUGACUUGCCCAACAUACAUCUCAGAGGUCUCAGCGUAAUCAACUGACUGACCAGUAUACAUGUUCUUUGGGUAAAUUGUGGGUUACAUGUGACCAAUAAACACAUACCUGUCACUAAACUUAACUAUUAUUAUUGUUGAAGAGUAGUGAGCAAGUUGUGAGUUCUUUAUAGUUUCAUGCUGUAGCAGAUGGUUGAUGUUCCUAUAGCUUAUGUGUAUACCUGCCCAGCACAAUUGUUCUAUGGUAGAGUCUUCCAUACCACUCUGGGGGGCGGGGGGGGGUAGGGACAGUACAAGUUAUAUACCUGCCCUCUUCCAUUACAACUUUUCAGCUCUUCUUGGCCUGUAGAUGAGCUAAGCAUGCAUGUGCACUAGCUAUAACUGGUUGUAAUGAAGUGAAUCAGGUUUGCUUGGUGCAGAAUCAUAUUGCAGCUGUUGCAAAUAGGGCUGAGCCAAAUGCGGAAUGAAUGUGUAUCUUGGAGGGGGGUGUUAGUAAUGGGAGAGGAAGUGACUUGUUUGCUUUAGCGAUAAAGCAAUGCUCCCUGUUUUGCUGCAUUGUGACAAUAAACUUACCGUACGACAGUGCAGCAAAAUGGUAAGUGUUGGCCCAGGUGUGCAGUUUGGUUGUGCUUCAGAAUUCGUAUUCUAUCAGACAACUUAUUGAGAGCAAUAUUGCACAAGCAGAUUGUGGGCCCUUUUGGAUGUAAAGCUAAACACUAGUGUAGCAUUACAUGAGGUUUCUGCAAACCUCAACCUCAUGUGCACCCACCAUUUGCCAGGGGAGGAGAUUGGAAACAUCUGCUUCCACUUUUUAACUAGGGCUUCCUCUUAUGUCCAGAUUUUGGGAUCUCAAGUUAAAAGACAGGAUCAAAUUGUAGCUUAUGAUCCUGGGGUGUGGACUAACCACAGUUAAAAAUAACCAGAGUCCCUCAAGUUCAGACAUAAUUGGGAACUCUCAUUCAUUAAAAGUGGAAGCAGAUGCUUCCAGUUUCAUUCUCCUUGGUCUACAAUAGAGGAUCGGAUUCAAGUUGACUGUCCUAGGUUGCUAACUGACAUUAAGCCAGAGUUGUCUGAUUUGGACAUAAUAGGAAGUGCUAGCUUUAAUACAAGCCAAAAUUUCUGUGCCAAAGCUGGCUAGAAUGGAGCGGGAGGUGUGAGAAAGCCAUAUACAGUGGUAUCUCGGAACUCAAAUGUAAUCUGUUCUGAAAGACCGUUCGACUUCUGAGGCGCAGCUUCUGAUUGGCCAACAGCUAGGUUUUUGCACAGUGGAAGCCACGUUGGAUGUUCGUGUUCUGAGGAACAUUCGAAAACCAGAGCACUUACUUCUGAGUUUUUGGCAUUCAGGAGCCGAAACAUUUGACAACAGAGCCAUUUGAGUUCUGAGGUACCACUGUAUUUCCAUGGUACCCAUCUACAGCUUAAUGGACCAUGAUUUAUGAAGCUGUGGACAAAUAUCCAAGUGUGGCCAUUGCAGAUGAACAGGUGCAAAAGAUUGAAGAGGAUGGUAGUAUGUGUUGGGCUUAUAAUAUUCCUCAAAAGUAAACUCUGAUGAAAAAUGAAAAAUUUGGUGGAAUUCAAAUACUUUAUUACUGAUCAGAAUACUUAAGCUUGUUUCUCUGGACUCCAGGAUAAAGUCCUGUUCUUAAAACAGUAUUCCUGCUUAGUCCAACAGCUCUCUUAGGGGGUUUUCUCACUAUAGGAAAAGAGAAUGGACUCUUUCAAAGUUAUAAAUGAUAUUUCCAUGCUGAUGUAGCUAAAUAACUGAAAAGUUAUAUUGGCAGCAAUCUACAAAUGUAUACACAAUGCAUCUCCUUGUGUCUGCCCCUCCCAGCUCUGAUGAGUAGCCCUUCCCUUUUCUCUGCCUGGAGUGAAGGAGUCAAUAAGGAUGAAGCUGAGGCUGUCUUUUAAACUUUACUAUUAGUACACAGUCUAAAGGUGUGGAGAUGUAGCAGCCUGGAGAUGCUUCAAGGAGAGUUUUGGAGGUGUCUAAUUUGGAGGUGUCCGUACUAGUUUGGGGGCAUGCUGGGCUGAGCUUCAUUUGAGUGGCAGGUCAGGGCUGUAUAUUUCUCUCCUUUAGACAGGCUUCUAUGUCAGAUGAGCAGUUUACAAUUUUCAGAAUGCUUGCUUUAUCCUAAAGAGUAACCACCCCUUGUACAAUUGCUUAGGUGGUUAGAAAUGCAAAUAAAAUGUUAUAUAUGCAGUACAGUAAGCAGAAGAGCCCUUGUUAAGUGAAUGUUCAGUUUCUGUUAAUCUCUGAGCCUAUCUAUGCAUGGUUCCUCAAACGUUCAGUGGGACUUACUCCUAUGUAAGUGUGUAUAGGAUUGUGCUCCCAGUAGGCUGCUGGUGGUGAGCCCACAUCUGAAAUCAGCAAUAGUUUAAAGUUUGGAAAUGUUAUAAUUGGCGGAUUGUAUCCUCUCCUUUUAAUAGGAGUUUUUAAAAUAAAACUUGGACAAAUCCGAAAGCCAAAUGAAUCUGAUUUCAUCAUGAUUUCUUAGUAGAAAACAAACUACUCUAGUAUUUCCAAACCUCAUGGGCAGCGAUUCAAUGAUCAUACCUUGAGAAAUAGAAUCUAGUCUAGCCUAUAAAAACUCAAAUCACGAAAAAGUUGAUGGUCUUUACAGUGCUACAGGACUUGUGCUUCUUGAAUAACAGUUGUGGACAGGGAAUUAGACAAAACAUCUUGGGUUUUGUUUUAGAAAAUAUAAUUCAUAGAACAGAGUUGGAAGGUACCUCAAAGGUGAUCAGUCCAAAGGCCAUUUUUGUUCUUUCUGAUGUUGGACUAACUCCAGCCCAUGAGCCUAAUAAGGCCUGCAAGGCGGUUUCCCCUAAAAUAUGGUUGUGUGCCCAACACUGGAUAGCAUAUGUUACGUCAGGUGUGGGGCAGGUAAAGAUGUGACCUUUAUUGGCUGCACAAGAGAUUUCCCAUUGGGAACUCUGUAAAGGUAAGGGGACCCCAUUGCAGCCAUUUAUUGGGGUUCUUUUGGUGCUGAGCAGCUGAUGGGCACUUAGAUGGGGCCCCUUUUGAAGUCUGGUCUCCCUCUCAGUGCCCAGCACCUAAUGGAUGGCGAGAGGAGCUCCUUUUAGGGUGGUUUCUCAGCUGCUUGAUGUUGAUACUGACAUCUCACCUUCGGAGCUUGCUCUUAGUGCUAAUCAGGUGAUGUAUGCUAAGAUGGAUCUCAGACUGCAAUUUCACAACCUCUGUGAUAAGCAGCAGAUCAGUAGUAUCAUAAUCAUUUUAGCCAGUGUUUUUAGCCACCAUUGGUGUAAGGUGACCUUUAAGGUACUUUAUCUUAACCUGUACUAAUGAUCCUUCUUUCUCUAGUUAUUCAGUAUGUAAUUGCUGGAACUGACACUGAAAUAAGUUAGGUGAAAUCCCAAUUUCUAGGUUUUUUAGUCGGAUAAAGAUGAAUUAUGGCUGCAAUCCAGUAUACACUUAACUGGGAUGUGAGCCCUGUUAAAUACAAUGGGACUCAGUAAGAUUGAGAAAUUCCAUGUGUGAACUAAGCUUACGUUACUAGUACUGCUAGGAGUAUGAUUGGAGAGAGGGCCAUAGCUCAGUGAUUGUGUACAUGCUUUGCAUGCACAAGGUCCCAGAUUCAGUGUCUGGCCUAUCCAGGCAGGGCUGGAAAAGAGCCAUUUUGGAAACCCAGUAAGAGCUGCUGCCCAUACUGAGCUGAAGGGACCAAUGGUCUGACUCUGUUUAAGGUAGCUUCUCUCCUAAGCAUCACUUAUAAUUAGUACUGAGACUAUCAGGAGCAUGGUUUCUGAAAGGAGGUUAACAAACUUACAGCCUGAUAUAAAUAUUUACAAAGAGGUCACUGUCUGUCACUGAGUAAGUCCUAUUAAAGUUGGCAUACUUGUUUCUGAGUAAAUUAUGCAUAAGCUCAGAUAACAUGUAAAUUAGCAGCGGGUCUAGCUGAUCUUCAUUAACUCUAAUGGACAUGGAUAGAAGUCAUAGCUGGUUACUGUUGUUUUACAAAGCAUACACAUAAUCAUGGUUGGAAAUUAUGUAUUUCCCACACCCAGGACAGAGCCAAGCUCACCAAAUACCCCUAGUCCAGCUUUUUACUUGUUUGUUUUAAUUUAAAUAUUUAUACCCUGAUAUAGGUUCUUUUGUCACUCUGGCUCUUGUGUGCAAAAUAGGAUGCGGAAUUAUAAGUAUACAUCUCUGAUUCUCAUUGCAAGAUGGCCCAGAAUUAUAAGCUGCCUUUGGCACCCAGAAUAGCUAAACUGCACUAUCUGCUGUCUUUCUGGGAAAACUCUUCACUCAUAGAUGCCAUUCUACAGUAUAAUUUCAGUUAUAUAUAAUACUGUUUUUGAUACACACAUGUGACACAUGAAGUUUCAAUCUAAACUGCUUUAAGGUUUACUACUUGUGUAAUUGCCCAGGUUGUUGCAAAAGUGUGUGUUUGUAACAGUGUUUGUAACAUGCUGCCUGCAUUGUUACUUCUUGGACGUAUUCCAGAUGAGUGAAUGUAUUACAAAAUGUUACAUUUUUAAAUGUCAUUUUCCCCAGGUUUUUAGGAAAACUGAAUAUUGUUAUGCUUUUUAUGUAAACCACUCAAUUUUUUAAAUAUGCAUAGAUAAAAUAAAUAAUAAAAAGGCACUAAUGAUUUUUAAGAGGUGUAUAUCAUUACUUUUAAAAUUUAUUUUUUAAACACUUUAUGUACUGCAUAACUACCAUAGUGUCUUAAGUGGUUUGAAAUCCUUUAAAGAGAUGAUCUCUACAACUUUAAUAUACUGAUUUUUCUCCCUUUCCCCCCAGGUCCAAUUCAAAAUCAGAUGCCGUUCUCCCCUGGAUAUGGAUCACAUCCUCAGAACUAUAGUGCUCCAUCAGGACACUACUCACAAGUGCCCAAUAACAUUAUCCCUUCGCAGCUGGAUAACCACUAUGGUGCUGAUUAUUAUUCUGCCCACUAUUCAGCACAGGCACAAAAUAUUAAUGCAUCUUCUAUGACUCCCAAGAUGUUGAGCAUGCAGGGAUCACAGUACUUGUACAAUAGAGAACCUCAUAUUGUAGAAUCAUCUGGACCUGUCCCAGGAAUGGUUUCGUCAGCAUCCCAGUUACAUACCAGCAUUUCACAGUCAUAUUCCUCCUUUGGUAGUCCCUAUAGUAAUCCAGCCUUGCACUCUGCCAGCUCUUCAGUUCCAUCUCAGGGAUUUGUUGCUCCUUCUGGUCCCUAUGCCACACAUGUUGCCUCUAGUGCUGCUUAUCCUAACGUUUCAUAUCCUAUGUCCGUCGGCAGUCCAUAUGGGCAAGUGACUGCUUCUCACAACACACCAGCUUUUGGACAUCCAGUAGAGGCAAAUGCUUAUUCUUCCAGUCAAAAUAGAGCACCACCUGCAGGGCAGCAGAGGGUUCCUUUGAGUCAAAGUUCUGCAACAUGGUCUGCCCCAGAGCUCCAGCUGGCUCAGAAAAACCAUAGCGGAAGCUUUGCAGGAUCCUUGCCACAAGCAAGCAACCCGACAGGCACAGGUAUUGCACAAAGAACCAAACUGGAUGUGACACAGUACAUUUAUCUAUUCGUUUACCUGCACCAUUCAUGUUUUAAAAAAGGUUGGGAGGGGUCUACUUUUUACAACAAAAGGGGUGUGUUAAUGAAGAGAGCUGAAUCCUACCCACCACCUUCCCUCACCAAGCUUCAUUACCCCAAGCACUUUUUCCCUUUGCUUAAAUAAAGAUCCUUUCCCCCAUAAGUCCAGCCUGAGCUACACAACCAGAUGUGCUUAUUAUGUACUGUAGGAGCAUGUUCUGGUUUGUGCAGUGUGAGAAUACUGUUUAGCACAUACCUACAGUCAUGUUUUUGAAUUUGACUGCUUCCAUGCAAUUAAUUUGCAUUUUUUUUAAAAAAAUGUGAUACUAAUAAAUCAUAUUGCCUGGAAUAGACAAGGCUGAUGUAUAUAUUACAGUGACUUGAUUGGUUCAUAUCUGAGCAUGUAAGAAAUUCAGGCAGUGUUAAUUUUAAUAUAUAAGCAGCAACCAUUUUUAGGAGCACCCAAAUUACACAAAAUCGCUAAAGCUUAGUUCCUUUCAGACCCGGAAGAUGACAAAAUGGGGUCGGAACAGGGCAUGCUUUUAUAUGUGCUUCGCCAAUGUGCACGGGGACUAGAGACUAGUUCUUCGUUUUCUUAAAUGCUUGUCCUCAGUUCUGUGUUGUAUUUCUCUUGCUCCCUCUCAUAUACAUAUGUGUGUGUAACUGUAGGGCGUGUUAAAUUUUUCAACUUUCAAAUUCCAAAAAUGAGGGGUGCUAAAAAGUUGUAACAUGCCUUGGGAUUUCAAAAGAUAUUUUGGUUAAAUUAAUAUAAUUUAGGUUUGCUUGGUAAUUAAAAUGUGUGUAAAGUUGCAUGGAAAUCACUAAAAAUGAUUGCCAAGUAGAAUAAUAGAAUCAUAGAUUCUACUUGGCAAGUUAUAUUCCAAAUCACUUGCAGUUAUAUAUUAUCAUUAUUGUUAUAUAUUAUUAUUAUUAUUAAGAAUUACAUGACAUUUUCAAAGGUAAAAUUAAAUUUUCUUGGUUUUCCAAAUGCCAAGGAAUUGUGCUUCUUCAUCAAACAUAGACUUACCAAGUGAAAUUUGCCCAAACACAAAAAUAAUACACCCAAAAUGUUUUAAAGGACCCCCCCCCCCGAGUAAAUUUGCAAGCAUUAAGUUUCACUCCCUAAAUUGACAUGCCCUGGUAUAAGUAGCAGCAGCAGUGGUUGUGCAUACUGAUGAUCAAUCAUCACCAAUCUUAAAAAAAAAGGGGGGGGUGAAGUUAAAAGGAAGACUACCACAUGAACUAUCUGGACUAGAAUUCAUCAUUAAGUUUGUUUCUGUUUGUUUAAAUCUCAAUCUAAACAGUGAUCUCCUCAUUAGAAGUGUUUCAUUUAGCAUAGUAAUGCUAGGAAGAUUGUGUUUUAACCUGUUAACUCCUGUUGAGAAGGCUCACUUUAUUUGGCAUACAUCACAUACACUUAAUAUAGAGUUGUCAUGGCAGUUUGGCCAGCAGUUGACAGUAUUUUUCUCAAUCCGUAUAUGUCCAUGUGAAUCUAUAUUCUUGCAAACUGAGAAUAAUCAUGUACAGUGGUACUUCGGGUUAUAAACACCUCGGGUUACAAAGACUUUGGGUUACAGACUCCACUAACCUGGAAGUAGUACCUCGGGUUAAGAACUUUACCUCAGGAUGAGAACAGAAAUCACGCGGUGGUGGUGGCAGCGGGAGGCCCCAUUAGCUAAAGUGGUACCUCAGGUUAAGAACGGUUUCAGGUUAAGAACGAAUUAAGUUUGUAACCAGAGGUGCCACUGUAUCUGAUAAAGUUCUGUGCCUCAGUAAAUCUGUUAGCUACAAAACUUUCAUUGCUGCAGCAGACUUACAUGGUUUCAGCUGUGAAAACCGUUAAUCAAUGUAACUGUUGCCAGUUACAUUUCAAAAUACAAAAGUGCAUUUCCCACUUUUUGGUUCGUAUUUCAGGGUCACCGCAUCUUGUAAACCAGAAUAUUCAGCAUAUAAAACCUGCCCAGGGAGCGUCUUCAGCUGUUACUUCUUCAAUAAGAACACCUGUUGUGGAAAAGACAACGAAGCCCACCACUUCCUCUUCCCUUACACAACCAUCUGAUCCUUUGCUUCAAGAAGGUAUAAAACUAGAAGAUGAAUUAAAGUGUCUACAUUUUGAAAUUGCCCUACAAUUUGAAAUUAAUGAUUUCUAAAGAGUUCAUUUUUCUCGGUUUUAUGUGCUCAUCUAUCCCAGUGCAAAGGGAUGCGGGUGGCGCUGUGGGUAAAACCUCAGUGCCUAGGACUUGCCGAUCGUCAGGUCGGCGGUUCGAAUCCCCGCGGCGGGGUGCGCUCCCGUUUCUCGGUCCCAGCGCCUGCCAACCUAGCAGUUCGAAAGCACCCCCGGGUGCAAGUAGAUAAAUAGGGACCGCUUACUAGCGGGAAGGUAAACGGCGUUUCCGUGUGCUGCGCUGGCUCGCCAGAUGCAGUUUGUCACGCUGGCCACGUGACCCGGAAGUGUCUCCGGACAGCGCUGGCCCCCGGCCUCUUAAGUGAGAUGGGCACACAACCCUAGAGUUGGACACGACUGGCCCGUACGAGCAGGGGUACCUUUACCUUUUUAUCCCAGUGCAAGUAAUAAUUUAAUAUUAAUUCUAGCUAGCACUUCUGUAAGAUUUGGCUCUUGUUAUUGUGUUUAUUUAUAUAUCAAGAUACAUUGUGUUUUAUAAUAUAUACACUCGCACUGUGUGCAAGCUGCUUAAGAAAGCAUCUUUACUUUUGCAUUCUCAUUUCAAGGUGAGCACAGAUUCCAUUUGUAUAUCUAGAAAGAUAUGUGCAAGGCAACCUACUCAGUUGUCAAAUUACAAUUGCAAGAGGCAGAAUCAUACUUUUCAAGUAGGAGCCUUUUACAAGGAUGAUGUAUGUAUGGUAAAUUUACAGAAAUAUAGUCGAAAUAUAUUCAGGAAUCAGUAGGCUUGGCUGAAUGUGAGCCUUUUAAUGGGAGCUCCAGGGACCACCACAUAAAGUUUUAAGAGUUUGUAGCCAGUGCUUUGGUAAAUAGUAAUAGUCUGACUUUUCAAGUUUCUGAGGGAGAGGUAUUGAUAAGACAGCUGCAAAGAAUGCUGCUAUGCAAGUCCUACUAAGUCUUAAGAAGGUGCUGUUCUGAUUUUGGAGAUUGUAAUGGUGCAGAGGAGUAGAGAGCAUGGUAAUAAAUGGCUUCAAAUCAGUUAGGGAUUUAGAAGUCUGUAUCAUUACCUUAUAUUGAUAUGAAAGAUGGAAGGGGACCAGUGUACAUCACUGGUGUAAUGUGUUACUGGCAACCUGUUCUUAGUAUUGAACAGACCAUGGGUUUCUGCAACAACUAAGACAUCCAAACAGAUUUAGAGGGUAGUAUUUUUAAGUCACCUCUUUGCCUUAAACAAAGAGUGACAUACUUAAUUCUGUAACUUGGUGUCAAGGUUUCAAAGGUAUGAAUAGUAAUUCAGCCUAAAUCUGAGAAAAGGGGGUCACAGGGUUUCUUUUUUGUAUUCUCCCUCCCCUAGUUUCAUUUGAGGUCAGAAUGAGUUCAUUGUGAGUGACUUCGGUAUGCAGAUAUAACAGAUGUGCUGUCAUAGCUUAGAUUGAUGUACCAAUAGUAGAAAAAAUAUUACCAACUUCUUAAUUCCUCCUUAUUACCACAUUUAUAUUAUAGUUGUCCACUCUGUGUUUUAACUGGUAAAUUCCUUUCCCAUCCCCACACCUAAUCAGCUUGAUUAUUUGCAAGUUCACUCAGGAGCAAGUCUCAUGGAAGUAAGCACAGCUGAACUGUGCAUGUGUUUGUGAACUUAACCCUGGCACACUAUAAAGCCUUUGUGUUAUGACUCUUACAUGUACUACUCAUGUAGAGACUAAUACGCUGCAAAUAUAUUAAGGUAUUAUCUGAAGUUUAUUUUAUUUGUAAAUCCCCUACAUGAAACGUCCACAAUAAAAAUAAAUUUGGAUCCAGUACAGAUACAGAUUGAGAUAACAAUCUCAAUUUAAAAGGCUUGUUGAAAAAGGAAGGUGUUUGGUAGGCAUUGUAAAGGCAACAGAGAUGACACCUUUCUGAUACUUAACAGGAGGGAGUUCCAAAGGGUAGGUGUCAUCACACUAAAGGCUCAUUGCCUACAUCAUAUGAAACAGAUCUCUUGAGGAGGUGCUAUCUGCAGGCCCCCUGCCGCGUGCAGUCUGGGUGGGUAUAUGAAUGCUGAGACUAUCGUUUAGGUAUCCAAGUCUCACAGUCUCAAGCUCUAUAUUUGCAUAGGUUCUGCUAAAUGAAAUCUGACUGGCAACAAAAAAGUAUUCUGUCGAUCUUAGAAGCACUUUAAUAAUACCUUUGUUUUAUGGAUAUGUUUUUUGCCAGCUGUGUAUAAAUUCAUUGUAUUUGAUCCAAAGGUUCCAUUCUAUAAAUGGAAAGAGGUUCUGUGACUAGAAGUGGCAUUUCCAUUCACUUAUGGUCAACUUGUGAAUAUAAGUAACUUUUCAUAGAGAGAGAGAGUCAAAAAUUCAUUUAAAGUGUGACCCUUUAUGUGGAGCUUUGGUGACAUCAUUUGGAAGUUUAAGUUGUGUGGAUUAAGGAAAAUAACACUCAUUAAGUAUUAGCACUUUUGAAAUUGAUAUUAGCACUAUAUGCUAAUGAUAACUAGUGAAAUCUGUUUUUCCUCAAUGGACAAUUAAUAUCACUGUGUCAAAAUGUGAAAUCCACCCAACUUUUUAAAAAACGGGUCUCAAAACUACUUCAACUACUUAAAAAAAUUCUCUGACUUGAUUAAGAGAGCUGUUUCACUAUCUCUGGAGGAUGAACUGUGUGUUCUAAUUCUACUAAAUUUCUUUGUCUACCGCUAAUAAUUAACCAAACUACUGCAAUAAAAAGCGUCUGUUUUUCUGUAAAGACAAAACUUUUCUGGUAUGGAUUGGGUAACUCACUUUUCAUGUUUGGGUGUCUUUUGUAAUGCCUGGUUUUGCUGUCACUUAAUGCUCUGAUUUGUGCUUUCAGUUUCUCACCUUUUCUGUGUGUCUGAUUCUUGUAUUUGUGCUUUCCACUUCACAGGCAUGCAGUAUGGUGGAUAUGUUAAUAAUCAAGCUAGCUCUCCAGCAACUCCCUUGUCAUCAAGUUCAGAUGAUGAGGAAGAGGAUGAGGAGGAUGAGGAAGCAGGUCUGCUUUAAGCUUUGCACCAGUAUUUCUCACUUUCAUACCCAGUUUUGAUAACAUUUAUUCCAUUCCCUGAACAAAAGUACAUAACACUAAGUAUCCUGAUUCUUAAACAGUCUAAAUAAUUGAAGGCAAAAUGCAUUGCAUUUAGUAGCCAAUAAUAUAGGGUGGUAUGCAAUUAAGAUUUACUCAGAGUAGAUCCACUGGAAUUAACCUAAAUUGGUCAUAUUAACUAAUUUCAAUGGGUCUGCUCUGAGUAAAACUUAAUUGAAUACCACUCAUUAAAGAGUAAUUGGACACUCAUCAAUAAAAGUGUUGUUAUUUAAAAUUGUAGGUGUGGACAUGUAUAACAUACUUCGUCCAGAUUGUCCAAUGAUAUUCAUUUGUCCUACUAUAAACAUAAAACUACCCCCUUUAUUGUUAAAAAACUACAGUAUUUUGUCAUUCUUCAUGCGUGAGAAAGUUACAAAUAACCAAAAGACAGAACACAGAAAUACUUUUUGAGGCCGGUUGUUGUUUGUCCUCUUGUGCAAGCAAACAUUUCCUUAACAUACCUCCUAUAUGGUAACAUAUUUGCCAAAAUAUUUUGUUUGGCUCUCUUCCUGUUGCAGUGAAUAUGUAGUGCAGAAAUUUAUUUCAGAUUUAAUAAGUUUUGGUUAAUUCCUUUUUUUAAAAAAAAAGACCUGGAGAUGCUUGAAACCAAAAAGGUUAUUAAACUUCAAACUAUCAAAGUUAUAUUGUGGUAUAUAGAAACUUGUUUAAAAAAAUAAGGUUUAGAUAUGAACAUGGCAUGCAUACUAUUGAAAUAGCUGGUAAUUAUAUUGACAGUAAUUUCAGUAAUAAACAUGUUUCAAAGUCUACACUUUUUAAAGUACCACAAAUUAAUAAAUGGAUUUCUUUUAAAAUCUGGGAAGUAGUGUUGUCAAGCUACAUGUGUACGGUAUGCUGCAUGUGGUGCAUGGAAAUAUUGAAAACAUGAACAGAUAUGCCUUCAAUAAUUUGUCAGUGGUUUUGUAACUUUUCUUUGUUGCUGAUGCUGAACAUGGAUUUUGCAAAUGGUAUUUCUCCUGUAUCAAUCCACACAAAUACAUUCCUCAUUUCAGUAUAGCAAAAAAAAAUGUACUUCCUGUCAUUGUCCAUUCUCUAUUUUAUUGUUAUACAGUAAACCCACAACUUACACAGGGGUUACAUUCCAGGGAUCCCGCCUAACGCCACAUAUAGUCAAAACACAUUGGGUUCAGUGGCAGGCAGGAUUGCCAAAAGUUGUUUUUCCCAGAACCCCACCCCCUUUUAAUUUAUUCAUAUAUACUUGCCAAAUGUAUAAAGCUGAAUGUGCAUGAGUUAAAUGUGUGUAAGUUGCGGGCUUACUGUAUAUGGCGUCACUAUAAUGUAGAGUUCUCAGUUCUGCAUCUUAAUGUGGCUUGAAAGUUUUUCUGGAUGAAAAAGUAGACUCAUCACUUUGCUUCUACAGUUGAUCCAUCUCUGUACAAUCCAUUUAAAGCAGAUUAAAAGCUUAAAGCUAAUUACUGUAUUUCAGGGCUUUUCUGGAGGCAUUCAAUCUCCUGAACAUAGCAAAUUAGGAGAUACUCAAGCAAUUCAUGGCUUAGAGAAAACUAAAUAAGAAGUUUAACAUUGGCAUCUGUACGAUUAAAACAUAUUGAACUGCUUGUUUUUAAGUUUUCCAAAGUUGUACAUUUUAUUUAUGUCAAACUUCAGAAGCAAAUGGCAAAAGGGUCAUGAAAUGCAAGAGGUACAGUCUUGGACAUUAAUAUGCAAAGUUCAAAUUCUGCGUAGGAAAAUUCCAAACAUUACAGCAGGCAUUUCAUGGCCUUUCGGCACCACUGUUUACAAAGUGCUUUUUUUCCUCUAUACUUUUCUUAGGUGUUAGUUUUUCUGGAUGCCAUAAAGGUACAGGGCUGGCUCCAAAUAGAAAAGGAAUCUUCAGCUCCAGUCUAUUGUGCGUGUGUUUAACAGACUUUAACUUAGCUGUUCUUCUGGUAUAUAUCUCACUGAGUAAAAUAGGAACCUUGUGUGAGUGUAUUUAGCAGCUGUACCCCACAAAUGUGUGCUCCUGAAGUAGACUGUUCAGAUGGAGUUGGGAAGCAAGAGAAUUUGCAGUAAGCAGGGACCCCGGCAUCAUCAUCAGCAUUAUCCUCCUCGUAAUUUAUUGGUUAUUAAAUUUAUUUGUUGGUUUUUACAAAAAAAAGUCUCAAAGCGAUUUAUAAGGUAACAUAAAAUAUGCAGAAUCAGAAUAUCAAAUAAAUUCAAGGUGCUUCCAUUAAGUGCUGAGAGCAUUUCUUUUCCCUCUGCCUAGACUCUUACAGUGCCUCCAGACUUUUGUUUAUGCUUGCAAAUGCUUUACCUUUGAAGUAGAAUUGCUUCCAAAGUCCAGCAAUGGGAAGUCGGGAUAUGUAAAAUGAACUAUAAUCACCAAAAGCUUCUGAGGUUAUUUUUUUCUUAAUUGGAGUUUGACCUUUUUAACUCCCCUCCCCCCAUGCAUUUUUAGUUCAGUAUGGCAACUGCUAUUAACAAAGAUUAAGACUGAAAUCCUAUGUUUGAUAAACAUAUGAAAUUACAGCUUCUUACCUGGCGUUAAUAAACAUUUCUCAAUGUGCUGAUUUAAUGCCAGUUUAAUGAAUAUGUGUGUGUGUUUUUCUCUUCUAGCUAUUGACAGCUCUUCCACUACGAGCAGCGCAUCUCCCGUUCUCAACAAUUAUGAUAGUCUUGAAGGAGGUGGCUAUCCAGGUGAAUCAUGCUUUUGUUUGUUUAAUGUUUAUUUUAUUUAUAUUUAUAUACACAUAUACAAAUGCAAGGUUGAGAAGCAUCUGUAGUACAGCUUCUAUACAUUAUUUGCUCAGAGUAGAUAUUCAAAUACAGCACAGUGUAUUGUUCAAGUGACUGACUCACUUCUGCUUUUCAAGUUGCAUAUUAAUUCAAACUGAUAAGAAGUUCCUUAACAUGUAGUAAAUCUUGAAUAUGCUUCAUUAGAGGUAAAGCCAUCUGAUUUUAGUGGGAUUUAUUCCCAUAUAUGUGGAUAGGAUUGCAGGUUUUCAUAUUGAAAAUAAGUAGUUCCAAGUAAAGUAUUCUUUAAAAAAUACACCUUUGACAUUUCCCUAUAUAACAUGGGAUUUUAUUUCACAUAUUUCAGCUUCUGAUGAAUUAACUAUUUAAUUCUGGUUGCAGUCGAAUGCAUAAAGUUUAUUGGACAACUGCAUUCAGAAGGUUAAAUAUGUAACAAAUUAGAUAUAAUUACUUCAUUUUAUUUGCAGUUAAAUUUUUAUUACUACCCUGUUUAAGAAUUAUUUGAUAUUUAAUAGUUAGAAAUCAAUACAAAUUAAGUAUGGGCUUUUAUUUACUCAAAUAACAGUAGUUGUGUUACUAGUUACUUUAUUGUUGUGUGUUAAAUACUAAUUUACAACAGCAUAUUUAACUGAAGUUCACUUUCCUGCUCUGUUAAUUAAAACGCUCACUAUACUACAGGCACAUAAUACUCUCAUAAGCAACAGUUUGCAUUUUGAUGCUUGCUUUUUAAAGGAAUAAAUACUGUAUUAAAGCAUUGCUUUUCUGUUUAGAGGCACGUUCUACAACAAGUAGUCCAGCUCCUGUUCCCUCAGUUCCACAGACGUCUAAAACCUCUAAACCAUUUGGCUAUGGGUACCCAGCUCUCCAGCCUGGCUAUCAGAAUGUGACACCACCACUUCCACCUUCCAGUAACUCUGGAUAUAAUUCUGGAUUUCCUCAGUAUCCACAGGUUAGAAAAUACUCACAAACUUUAUAUUUGAUGUCAUAGUGAUAGAUUAACUGAAUGAGGGAGCAUAGUUACCCAUGAAUCAAGGUUGGAAUUUUAAUUCUUUGAUUUUUUUUUUUUUAAAAAAUUGUACUUCAAUUAAACAGGUCACCAGAGUAAAUACAUUUGCGUUUGUCUAUUGUUUUGAUUCACCUCUCAGUAGGGAGUUCAAAACUGUGUCCACAGGUUACAUCAGUACAGUACUUACACAUAGACUUAAGGUGGCACUAUGAAAUACAGUUGAAGAGAAACCAGUUGUCCCAGGCCUACCAGGAUGAGAAAAUACUAGCUGCUGCUUCAGUCCACAUUUUCCACCUUCUCAUACAGCAGGGACCAACCUUGCUGUUCUCCACAGACAUGAAUGUGACUUGUAGGGAAGAUCUAAUAUAUACAGUCAAGGAGGAUGAUUAGUCAGUUUAGUUGCUAUUCUUGUAGUGGAAGUGGCAAAUCCUAUUGAAAACAAAUGUGACACUUCAUGGAAGUUGGAUUGCAGCCAUGACCGGUGAAAACUGCAAAGUUAUGGGGCAAAGGUUGUUUUGUUCCCCUUCUUUGCAUAAGAAAUACACUUUUGCCAUGACUGAUAAUUUGCACAUCUUAUCUGAUUAGAAAAUGAGAAAACCGUAUGCACUUGGUUGACAAUAAAUGGUUAAUAUUGAUAGUUGUUUGUGCUGGUGUUUUUAAUGAUACAGUGAUUUUCUCAAAGCAUGUGACUUUCAGAUAGUUAUAUAUGAAGAUUAUACACUUCCAGUAAAGUCAUAUGAAUAAAUACAUUCAAGUUCAUGUACAUUGAAUAAUAAUAAUAAUAAUAAGCAACUGUCCUAUAUUUGUGUGAUAGAGUUGUGUGGCAUUGGGUUGAAUCCAAUGAAAAGCUAGUGGAAAUCUGCUCAUUCACUGUAGCUUUGCUGCUCCCUCUUCCCCAAAGCUCCCUAGAAAGGGUCAGGGAUACAUCCAGAAUGACUUGCAAUAUGGCAUGGAGGGCUAUUGUGGGAAGAGAAAAAUAGGGCGGGGGGGGGCUUCGUAAAAUACUCCAGAAUAUCCCUGUAAACAUGUCACUUGGUACUCCAUGCUAUCCUGAAUGUUCUUUAUGUCUAAGGAACAGAUGAGAGAUAGUUAGCCAUGUUGACGGGUAUUGAUGGGAGGUGGUAUCGCACAACAUCUGGAAGGUCACAGGUUUCCCAUCCCUGAUUUAAGUCACAAAUUAUAUUGUAAUGGAAAAGGCUGGUGAUCUGCCCAACAUGGUCCCAGACCACUUGUGCUAGUAGAUUGAUGUUUUUAAAAAGCAACACUGAUCCAUAGAUCACCCCACAGAAGGGGUAGAAGUGAAUGUGCCUGUUAAGAGAAUCUAUCAAGAACCUCAUAUGCCUGGGUCAGAUGCAUUGCAGAUAUGAAUUUGGGAGGGGAAAUGGAGACAGGAACAGCUUAUGGAAUGAGGGGGAUUCAAAUGAUAUAGGAUAGAACUUAGUGUAGUACAGAACCUUGUAAAUAGUUGAGUUUGCUUACUAGGUAUUGCAGGGUGGGGAAAAUUAGGCAGAUACUGUUCAAGCAGCUAAUGCUAUAAAAUAAAUGCUUCUUUAAAAUGUUAUUUUUCAGCAAUACCCUACAAUGAAUCAACUGUCAGCUAGUCUUGGAGGACUAGGUAUUCAGCAACCAGAGAGCUUGCGACCGGUCAACGUUACUCAAGAUAGAAAUAUUCUGCCUGUUGGUCCAAUUCCAGCUCCUGUGCCUAAUUUGAACUCUGAGCUGAAGAAACUGAAUUGUAGCCCCGAGUAUGUAUAAAGUUUCUAAUCUUAAGCAUGCUUCUAGACUUGUAUUCUUUUUUUAUCCAUAUCUUUGUGUGAGUCAAGAACUGGUAUCCUGAUUCGAUUGUUAUGGUAUAGGUUUGGCAAACAUACAUUUCAGGCCUUGCCUUGUAAUGCUCACAUUUUGCCCCUCUAUGAAAUGUUGGAAAGUUUUAGCAAAUGAAGUCUGCUUCUGUUGUACUCAUCCCAGAUGCAAAUAUGUUGACACAAAUGGUUCCAUUCAUUGCAGCUAUUACAAAUGAUGGAAAGUUAUGAUUGGCUCAAGAACUUUUCACGCUGAGUUUAUACAAGUGUUUCUUUUGGCAAGGGUGUGGCUCGUUGCACUGCUUGCCCCAUAUCAGUGAAUCUAUGUGUCAUCAAACUUUAAAUUUUUCUUUUACUACCUGGAUACUUUCAUGUAGAGAUGUGGGUGGUGAAUUUGGGUGAAUAUGGGCCUCUUUGAUAGCACAAAUGAGUCAUAAUCUUUGAAACUAACAUUUGCGAUUUCACUUUUAGCUCAUUUCGAUGCACUUUGACAAAUAUUCCACAAACUCAGGCUUUGCUAAACAAAGCAAAACUUCCUUUGGGAUUGCUUCUACAUCCCUUCAGAGAUCUGACGGUAAAAUGACUUUUUAUUCCCAGAAUUUUUAUUUAGCCAAACUUGAAUAAAUUAAAAACAUCUUUCAUAUUUUAAAGUUGUGGUUGCAGUAAAUAAUUGUGAAUCAGUUGUCUUGAAACCCAAACAAAACACUGGAAUUGAGAGAGAAUAUUUACAAUAGAUAAUUACUGUUUUACAUAUACACCACUUUUAACUAAAUUUACUUACGUGCAGUUGGCACAAAUUUCAGCAACGCUCACUUAGAAAUAAGUGAGUUUAAUUGUAGCCUUUAUACCCUGAUCAUUAAUAAUGGAAUUCUUCUAGGCUUAAUUUUAAUUAUGGGGGGGGGAAUUAAAAAUUGAACAUUUUUUCCAGUAGUAAUUUUUGAAAAAUGCAUAGAAAACAUGAAUUUGUUGUUUAGGGGUGAAAAAUAUUAUGAAAUACUUCAAAGUUUUUCUUCAAAUUGACAUUUUACAAUGUUCUUUAUUCCUCAGCAAUUGCCUGUGAUAACAUCGAACACCAUUGUGAGAUGUAGAUCAUGCAGAACAUACAUCAACCCUUUUGUUUCUUUUAUUGACCAAAGGAGAUGGAAAUGUAACCUGUGCUACAGAGUUAAUGAUGGUGAAUAUUAAUAAAAAUGCCACUGUCUAAAGGAAUGAAUGAUGAUCUACAGCACUUCCUUUGUGAAAGCAAACCACCCCUGGCCCUUGCAUGGCAAGCAGCUCUCAAAACAUAGGGUGACACAGUCCCCUUAGGGCAGCCGUAGGAUAUUUUUUUCAGAUGAUGGGCUGAAUCCUUAUCUCAACCAACCCGUAUGGGCCACCUAUCAAUAACCUGACAUCAUUGUUAUGUCUGACCAUGACUUCAGAUUAUCUUUCUGUGAGUGCCAGUCAGCUGAUGGGUACUGACAACAAGACCCUUUAAUGUUCUUCAUUUGGUGGUGUGGGCCUGGGUUCAGGCUAUGCCUGCAGAUGGACAUUUUCCCUUUGCAGACUGGCAAGUGGUAUGGAAUAUCCCUAUUGUUCCUUGGCAUGUGGGGCCUGCUGCCCUAGGGUUUUGGGAAGCUUUUAAUGUUUGUUUCGGGAAGCUUUUAAUGUUUGAUGGAUUACUGUAUUUUAAUAUUUUGUUAAAAGCCGCCCAGAGUGACUGGGGAAGCCCAGCCACAUGGACGGGAUAUAAAUAAAUAAUUAUUAUUAUUAUUAGAAUGGUGUGACCAAGUUUAGUAUUUUUGCACUCAACAAUGGGUAAUAUAUUUAUUUUAUAAUCUUUUAGUUCCUGAAGAAUUUAUGUAUAAUCCUGUGACACGGUCCUAUGGAGAGCCGCACAAACGGCCAGAAGUCCAAAACUCUACAGUGGAAUUCAUUGCUUCCUCAGACUACAUGGUAAGUAUGUCUGGAACAAAAUAUUGGUUAAAAUAAAUAUUCGUAAAACUUUGGGAAUGGAGGGUUUUGAAUUUAGAAUUCACUUCUGCAGUUUUCAGUUCAGCCCCUUAUCCUCUUUUCAAAGAGUCUAUGCAGAUGUAGAAAGUGGGGGUCAUAGGAACAUGCAAUAUCAAAACUAUUCAUGAUUACAAAUAGAAUAUAAAGGAUUUUGUCAGUAAGCUUAAAGUCUAAACUUUAAUUUACAGCUUCGUCCUCCUCAGCCUGCAGUGUAUUUGUUUGUGUUGGAUGUGUCCCAUAAUGCGGUAGAAGCUGGAUACUUGUCAAUCGUGUGCCAGUCUCUGCUUGAAAACUUAGACAAGUAAGAACUUUCUUGGUUUUUUGUUGUUGUGUGUAUUCAUGGUCUGGAUACAGCAGCCAUUAAAAUAAUUGCCAGUGUGGUCCUGCUUUGAUUACAUGACCACAGGAGGGGUGUGUGUUCUGGUGCUUGAAUACUGCUUGCUGGUUUCUCACAGGCAUCUGUCUGGCCAAUGUGAAAACAGGGUGCUGGACUAGCUGAGUCAUUGGCCUGAUCCAGCAGGCUUUUUUUAUCUUGUUGUGUAAUAGUCCCAUGAUUAAGCAGAGCCAAAUCAUGUGAGCAUGAACGUCAUGUAUCCAGUCAUCUCUCCUCCUCCUCCCCCCCUUAUUCAUUGCAAUAAUAAACUAUUCAUAUUUUAGAAAGCUGUUACUAACCCCUAUGGGUUAAAUACAGACCUGCACUAGGCUGUAUUUGUUUUGGUUUUUUUGUUUAAAUGAUAUUUAUUGAAAAUUUUUUAGAAUUACAAAAAAAGACAAAACAGAAAAAGGAAAAGGAAAAAUGAAUCCAUCAUUCCCAAAUUCUCAACUUUCAUUACCUUCUUUCUUUGACCUCCUCCUCCUCCCUUUUCUUGUAUCCUAAUUUACAAUUAUCGCAGCAAAUCCUUUCCAUAAUUCAUAAUAUUCUGUCAUUACAUUACCUUAAUCUAUUUUCAUCUUAUCUUAUAAAAAACUUAUAAAAAAACCUUAAAGCUUAAAACUUAAAUCUUAUUUUUACCAACUUCUCAUUACCAUAAUAUUCUUACCUAAUUCUUUAAACAUUUUUGCUAGAGCCAAGUAAUUUCAUUUCAACAUUUUUCUAACAUUCAUCAAUUUUAUAAAACAAUCCUAAUGAUAGAAACAGAAAUAAGAACAAUCCAAUCUUCAUCCAGCAUCCCUUCCUCCUGGUCCCGGGUUUUGUCAGUCCUUUUUAUCCCAUUGAUCUAGCGCAUUAACCUGGUAACCUUAUAUCCGAGGCCCUCAAGUCUCUUCCAUGUCCCUUCCGCGGCUCUUCAUAUUUUCCUUUCACUCGUGGGAACUCCAGCUUGGUAAUGUUUUUGACCCUUUUCAACAAAUCAGCCCCUUUUCCAUAGUCCAGACUAAACUCCAUGUGGUAUUUAAAAACAUGUUUCAGAUUCCCUCCAAAAUUGAGAGCCCCCACAGCUCCAAGCAUCUGACGGCCCAUUGCCAGACUCGGAAAGUCCAAACAUCCCUGCAUGGGGGGGUCAAUCCAACCCCCCAUUUCCAAACCGAUCCAAACUUUAUCUUUCCAAAUCUGGUUUUUUCCAAGUUCAUUUGUCAAAUCCAAAGACUCAUGUUCCUGCAGGGCCGCAGCUUCCUCCAUCUCUGGCGCCCAAGAUUCAGCAACGUCCUCUUCUCUCAUCUGUUCUGUCAGGGCACCCUCCUGUUUUAGUUCCUGGGUGGGCUCCAUAUAGUUUCCCACUGCCUGUUCAAAAGUUCUGACCGCAUUAGUCAUCAAAUCCGUCUUCUGAUUUAACUGAUCCAGUAGGGCAUUUAUUUUACAGAGAGCACACAACAGAGCUUCUGAAAACAUUGUCCUGCAAGUUCACAAGUCCUUUCCCACGAUUGUAAUCUGUGACAGCUGCAAGCUCCCUGGAAUUAGUUACAGUUUCACAGUCUCCCUCUAGGGGGAAAACUUCUGUUUGUUCUUUAUUUUAAGGACAAUAGCAACAAAGUUUCUUUUUUGAGAUAUUUUGUCAAUAUUUGUUCCUUUAAGAUGCGAAAGGAAACAGUGGAAUCACUAUGUUACUCUUCUUUUAGUUGUCGGUCAAAAACAUUUGUCUCUGGUCAAUGAGCUUCAAACGUCAGUCCUGACACCCCGCUCCAGGAUCAGGACGGUGGAAAGUUACUUUACUUUAAACUCACUUCUGCAGGUUUAAACAGUCCAAAAAAAGAUCCCCCUUCUUCUCCUGCUACCGAAGGGGGGGUUCAACAAUUUUAAAUGAUGGAAGCCAAUCCUUUAGAAGUGAUUUUCUAAGCUCUAGUUUACAUUGUCUUUGCUUUAUUCUGUCUACAAAGAAACGGAAGGCUGACUUCCUGUUUAGACCUUCCCGUUUCAGUACCAAAUUGAAGUAAAUUUUUAAGUCCAAUUCCUUUCUGCUCGCCAGUCCUUAUUUGAAGUCCAAUUGUUCAAAGUUUAAGUACUCACGGGUGAUUAUUUUAGAUGCCAAAUUGUCCCAGGAAAAAGGCAGCGCUCUCCGGCAACGGCUAUGCGGCUUCGCUCCACGGAAAAAGCAGUUGACUCACAGCACCGCGCCACUUCCCCCUCUUCGCUUCGGAGCCCAUUAAUGGGUUCCUUUGUGGGUUGGGGGGGCGCUAAGGGUGCCCGCCGAGUCCCAUGGUCACAGGCUUCCUCCGCCUGUGAUUUAUAAAAGGGUCCCCGCUUCGCCGUAGCGGAAAAGACCCGUUUCGCGCGGAGCUGGUCCCUCCAGUUCAGAGGGAGUCCGCCAUUGCCGAUGGCGCCACCCCGGAAGUCCUGCACUAGGCUGUAUUUGGGGCAUAUGUUGUCUUCAAGCAUUGAAGACUGUCUCUUGAAUAUUUUUUUUUCUAACAUUAGAACAAGUUAAAGGCACAGCAAGAGAUAUCUGUGCUAAACCAAUGUAUCAGGGUAAUUUUUCUUUUUAAUCUUAAGGUUGCCUGGAGAUUCAAGAACAAGAAUAGGCUUCAUAACGUUUGACAGCACUGUUCAGUUCUACAAUUUGCAAGAAGGAUUAUCACAGCCUCAGAUGCUAAUUGUGUCAGAAAUUGAUGGUAAGAAGGCUAAUUGUCUCAGAAAAUGAGUGUGAGAUAGAGUGAUUCAAGGAGAGGAGACCAUAUUUAACAGACAUUUUAUUGAAAGUAACAAAAAAUUAAAAAUAGUGAUGUGGAAAAGGAAAUAUAAUAGUGCUAUGUUAAGUAUAAUAGAAUAAUAUCUGCCUAGAAUUCAUUCCUGCAAGAUAAAAUGAGGGCAAGUUGCUGUGCAUUUGAUACACUGUCUGGGACCAUUAGUAACAACAUGAAGAGGUACAGCUAGAAAGGAAGAUUGGCAAAGUUCUUGUGCAUGUGUGGUGUAGUGGUUAAGUGCGGUAGUCUCGUAAUCUGGUGAACCGGGUUCGGGUCUCUGCUCCUCAACAUGCAGCUGCUGGGUGACCUUGGGCUAGUCACACUUCUUGGAAGUCUCUCAGCCCCACUCACCUCACAGAGUGUUUGUUGUGGGGGAGGAAGGGAAAGGAGAUUGUUAGCUGCUUUGAGACUCCUUCGGCUAGUGAUAAAAUGGGAUAUCAAACCCAAACUCUUCUUCUUCAUGUACAGAAGUGCUUUUAACUUAUAUUGCUGCAGCUCUUUGCACCCUAGCUAUGGUGUAUCCUUUUAAGUACAUAACAUAAAACUAUAAUACCAAUAUAUGUUUUCUUCAUAGAUAUUUUCCUGCCAACACCUGAUAGCUUACUUGUUAAUCUGCAUGAAAGUAAGGAGGUAAGGUGGAUAAUUCACAGAAGAAUUAAAUCUUAAAAGUGAAGAUAAUUCUUUCUGACUGCUCUGUCCUUGAUUAAACUGCUUUAGAACGGGGAUGUUAAAUCUGAUUUUUAAAUCACAGCAGGCCUACAGCAUUUCCAGUCCUGCUCCCACAUUAGAAUUUCUUCUUCAGCUUUUGUUUUGCCUCCUAUGACACAUUGUGAUUCAGAAGAACAAGGGAAGGCUGAGCAGACAAGCCAAGGCCUCUGCUGUCCUUGGAGCUGGACUUUAAAAUCAAGGUUCCAUGUAGGACAAACACUGAGGCCAGCCUGAGAGGAAAGCAAUCUAGAUCUGUCAGACUGAGAUGGAAGCUGGUGAUGACCAGUGAAAAUUGCAUAGCGGCAGCCCUUUUCGAAGGAGAGACACAUGACUAUUAUGUGGACAGUAGGGAAAGAGGACAGCCAAUGGGGAAGAACUGAAUAGCCUUUAUGUCCAUGAUACCAAGGAGGUUUUAGAUAAAGGGGUAAUGUUUAUAGGCUCCAGUUACGUGAAAGAAUGUGAAUCUGGGCAAAGAAUCAUUUCAGCUUCCUGAGAAUCUUGCCUUUCGUUUUUAGAACAAUCAGGUGUUUGAUCCCAGUGGUUUCAAAGAUUUAUUGAAAUGAAUUUAUACACAAUUUAAUAUUUCAAAGAUCUCUAAGCUUCAGAGUGUGCGCAUAAUACCUCCUGGGAAUCCCAGAAUCCAUAGAGUGGUGGCCAAAUAAGAUUUUUCACUGGCUAGUGGUGGGACUUCAGCAUUCUUGCCACUCCUAAAAAAAAAAGCAAAAUAUUUCCUUCUAACACUUUAACAAUUAUUUUACAGCUAAUUAAAGACUUGCUAAAUGCACUACCAAAUAUGUUCACUAACACAAGAGAAACGCACAGUGCAUUAGGCCCAGCCCUUCAAGCUGCCUUUAAAUUGAUGUCUCCAACGGGCGGGCGCAUAUCGGUGUUUCAGACACAGUUACCAUCGUUGGGCACAGGACGUUUGCAGUCCAGGGAAGAUCCCAAUCAAAGAUCAAACGCAAAGGUACUUUGGACUCUGUAGUGAUUAUAGAUCUAACAAGCUUCUGUGGUGGCUGGUUUUUUUGGGAGGGGAAUUGUUUUUAUAAUGUAUUUUCAUGUUAGGGACGCAGGUGGCGCUGUGGGUUAAACCACAGAGCCUAUGGCUUGCUGAUCAGAAGGUCGGCGGGGUGAGCUCCCGUUGCUCAGUCCCUGCUCCUGCCAACCUAGCAGUUCGAAAGCAGGUCAAAGUGCAAGUAGAUAAAUAGGUACCGCUCCGACGGGAAGGUAAACGGCGUUUCCGUGCACUGCUCUGGUUCGCCAGAAGCGGCUUAGUCAUGCUGGCCACAUGACCCGGAAGCUGUACACCGGCUCCCUCGGCCAAUAAAACGAGAUGAGUGCCGCAACCGCAGAGUUGGUCACGACUGGACCUAAUGGUCAGGGGUCCCUUUACUAUUUUCAUGUUGUGUGCCACCCUGAAAAUCUCUGGAUUACAGAAUGGGUUAUAAAAGUAAGAAUAUCUGAUUUGUCAUGCUAUAACUUGGGCAACAGGUACUUGACAAUGUUGGCUGGGGAAUCUGUGGCCUUCUAAAUGUUAUGUGUUACAAGCAGUCUGAAUUUUAUUUGCAUUUUUUUUAUAUAAAAAAAAUGUACUUGUUUGUGUUGCACUCCCAACCUUAUUUUUUUCUUUGUAUCCUAGGUUGUUCAGCAUCUUGGUCCAGCAACAGAUUUUUAUAAAAAGUUGGCGCUGGAUUGUUCAGGACAGCAAACAGCUGUGGAUUUGUUCCUUUUAAGUUCACAAUAUUCUGAUUUGGCUUCUCUUGGUAAGAGCUUUUAACUUGCAGAGCUACUUCAUAAUUAGCAUGUGUUGAGAGAACAAUUUUUAUGUUCAGUUAAAAUUGCCAAGCUCAAAAAUACUAUUUGCUUAUAUGCAAAUUUUUAAUGGUUUUUAACAUUUCAUGCCACACUUCAGAGUAUGUCAGGGUACUGACUGAUUGACUGACUGAACUGUAAAACAGAGAUAUUUCCAUCAUGAAAUUAUGUACUCUUGUUGGUUGGUUCAUGACACACUCUAUUUCAUGAGAGCUCAUAUCCUGUCAGCCUUGUGUAAAGGUUGUACCAGUUGAUGCCCCUAUAUGGGAGCUGAUAUCAUUCUUCAGAAAAUGUGCAGAAAAUGGUAGCAGGGCCACUGCAGUCAUGCAAAUUGCAUGGGCUGCGUGCACAACAUACACCCGUAUCCCAGCUGAGCUGAUUAAUGCAACUCUACUACUGUGCAAACACUGGGUGGCUCUGAGGCUGUUAGUGGCCCUGCAUACUUCUGAAGUGAUUGUAUGGGAGCGACUGGCAAUGUGAACCAGUGCAUAGUUGACUUGUUUUUUAAAACGUGUAUUUAGCAAACAUACUGGCUCCUUAGGAAAGUGGUCUGCUCACUUGUUUUCUUGCCCCACUCGUCUUGUUGCUUGUUGCUUGUUGAGCCAGCGUGGUGUAGUGGUUAAGAGCGGUAUACUCCUAAUCUGAGGAACCGGGUUCGCGUCUCCGCUCCUCCACAUGCAGCUGCUAGGUGACCUUGGGCCAGUCACACUUCCUUGAAGUCUCUCAGCCCCACUCACCCCACAGAGUGUUUGUUGUGGGGGAGGAAGGGAAAGGAGAAUGUUAGCCGCUUUGAGACUCCUUAAAGGGAGUGAAAAGCGGGAUAUCAAAUCCAAACUCUUCUUCUCUUCUUCUUCUUCUUCUUCCUUGAUAUUCCAUGCUGCAGUAGUAAAUUAUUUAUUUCAGUGACACUUCUAUAAUUCAGUCCAAAAUAAGCAUUUUUAGGAUCUCUGCCUUUGUCUAAACUUAGGGCACUAUACAAGUGUAACCUGGCUUUGCUUCUAAAGACACUAUGUGACAUAUGUAACUUGCUUUUAAAAAUGAAAAAUUGCUUGAAGGUGAAGGUAAUUUCUGAAAAGCUUAGAAUCAUGAAACAUAGAAUCAUAGAGAUGGAAGGGCACCCUGAGAGUCAUCUAGUCCAACCCCCUGCAAUGCAGGAAUCUUUCACCCAGCAUGGGGCUUGAACCCACACCCCUAAGAUUAAGAGGCUCAUCUACCACCUGAGCUGGCAAAUGCCAUUCUUUUUAUAUAUAUUAUUUGGCUGGCCUGGCAAUCUUCUAAGAAAAUACACUAAUUUCCUUCAUUGUCUGUUUUUACUGGCUUUCCAGAAGCUCUAUAAAUUCAAAUUAGAUUUUUUUAAAAACUCUCAUUUAUAUUUGGUGUGAUAGAAGUUACCCUCUGAUAAUUUUUAUACUAGACUGGUAUAAAUCACUUUGAAGUAUGCCUUUGAAGAUUGUCAGGAAACUACCGUUAUUUCAGAAUACAACUGCAAGAUUGCUAAGUGAAACACUAGAUGCUUAUCUUGCCAUUGUUUAAACAGCUUCAUCGGCUCAGGGUCUGUUCUCUGCAUUGCAACUGUUUUAGUGAAUGAAUAAUAACUAUCUCUUUUUUUCAUCCUUGCCAAAAGCUUGCAUGUCCAAAUAUUCUGCUGGAUGCAUCUAUUAUUACCCAUCUUUCCAUCAUACCCACAACCCUAUGCAAGCAGAUAAAUUGCAAAAAGACCUUAAAAGGUAUCUUACACGGAAAAUUGGAUUUGAAGCAGUCAUGAGAAUAAGAUGUACGAAAGGUAUGGUGUGGUUCUGGUUUAUUAUUAAAUGCACCCAAUAUUGGUGAGAAUUGUAGGAUUUGUUUGAGACAGUGGUUUCUCCUUCCCUUCUACCACAGGUGCUAUCGUCCUUCUUUCAGCAGCUCCAACCAAACAUGAAUGUAUGUUAUUCAAAAAGUGUGGCUAGGACAAAAAUGGUACACACACUUGUAGAAAAUGAUGCAGGGCAUUUCAUCAGAGGAGUCCUUUUUGGGAGGGUGAUUCUAGCACUGUAGUAGCAACAACGUAGAAAACAAAAAGGAGAAAUGUUCUCUGUACUUUGAGGACUGUGUGUUCUUCAUGAAUUCAUGAAUAAAAUUUCUCCACUACAAAAUUACAGGAAAUAGAAUAUAAGUAUCUAAUGGGGGGGCUCCUGUGCAAGGGCUGCAUUUUCUUGUGGGGACAAGAGAAUGUUGCCCCCACAUGUCUCCAUGUUGGUGUUGACUACGCCAGAUAAAAAGUAUGCAGAGCAAUGUAUCUGACUCCUACGUUGGCAUAGUUGCCUACAUUCCAACCAUGCAAAAGUAAGAGGCUUCUACACAUGCACACAUGUCUCCUUCCAGGAAAGCAAGAGGCAUGGUGACAGUUCAGGAACGUGUUGAGAGUGCAGAGCAAGGCCUUCAAUGGGUGUAGUUUGGGGAGGGAGUGUGGCCUACGAAGUGUAGCGUACGAAGGUAGAGAAACCUGGAGGGGCUGCAUUUUGCCCCUGUGCCUGAGGUUUCCAACCCUGUUCUAGUGUAUAAAUUAUACUCUAGCCUAGGCCUUUCCCCCAUUAUAUACUACAUUGGGUCCCAGAGGGAUUCUGAGGAAACAAAGGUGGCAGUGGUUGCUGCAGUGGCCACCUCUCUCAGUCUUCCCCCCCUCAGUUCUUGACUGAGGUGGUAUUAGGUAGCUAGAGUCUUGUUCUUGCCCAUUCCUGCCCUUUCCUCUGGCAAAAUUGAUUUGGGAAGAUCCAGCAGGGGUGGAUUUGGAGGCCCUGAGGAGGCCUUGCUCAGGGUGCCAGACUUGGUGUUUCCUGUCACUAGUGUACAAAUAGCCAUAGGUCUAAAUUUUAAAAAACUUGGGCUGCAAUCCUAAACAUGCACACUUAGGGAAUAAGCCCCAUUGAACUUGACAGGACUUCUGAUUAAUUAUGCUUAGGGUUGAACUGUUUACUAUGUUUUUUUAAAAAAAACAAAACCUUGCCAUUUUAACUUGAACAUUACCACUUUUUAGGUCUUUCAAUUCACACCUUCCAUGGUAACUUCUUUGUGCGAUCUACUGAUUUGCUGUCACUUGCCAACGUCAAUCCUGAUGCUGGAUUUGCAGUACAGAUGUCCAUUGAGGAAAGCCUGUCAGACACAUCUUUAGUUUGUUUUCAGACAGCACUUUUGUAUACUUCCAGCAAAGGUAACUUCACUUACCUUUCUCUUCUCAACAUAAAUUAAAGAAACAACAACCCACAAAGAUCAAAAUCAGAUGAUCGGUGGUUUUAGCAAAAAAAAAGGGGGGGACAUGUGAAAGUGGUCUUAGCAAUAGCUUUGGAUAAAAAGCUUAAGUAUUGUUCUGUUCUGUUUAUUCUAUUGCAGGCGAACGAAGAAUCAGAGUGCAUACGCUUUGUUUGCCUGUGGUGACUUCACUGGCAGAUGUUUAUGCUGGAGCAGAUGUACAAGCAGUUAUAUGCCUCUUAGCUAAUAUGGGUGAGUUGAGAAUUAGCAUUCAGAGGGUUCUCCAUUCCCUCAAAGUCAUUUUGUCCCUCUAUCACCUGUAAUUAGAAGAAAGCAAAAAAAUUGUGUGUUUAGUACUGUUGGAAAGAUAGAAAUGCAGUAUGGAUGCUUGCAAGGUAGGUGUGGGGAACCGGCAGGCUGCCAGAUCUUUAGAUCUGGCCUGCAGUUCACCUUCCUUCAGAUCUCUCCUCUCAUGUGGCACUUGGGGAUUAACCCUUUGCUCUGUGAUUCCCAAUGUCCCCCUUCCCCCAAAAAAACUCCUAAGCAGUACAGGGAUGAUUGGGGGACUUGAUACAUGGAGAGCGAAGGAUUAACUUUCAUUUCCCCAUGCUAUGAUACUUCUCCUUCCUCCCAAAAAGCAUGUUAAUGCAAUGGGGAGUAAAGUGAUGGAUUUGUGCAGUCAGAGUGUGUAUGUGGGUCUGACUCCACUGACACACAACCCCUGAAAUGUCCAUGAAAGAAUGCAGCCCUUUAGAUGAAAAAGAAUGCCUUCUUCUGUGUAGCAAAUAGGUCUAGUGAGAGCAGAAGUUGCUAAACUGUUAUUUUAUUAAAUGAUUUAUACAAACCAAUAAAAUAUAAAACUAAGUUAUCGGAUGGGAAACCUCAGAAUUAUCAGGUGUGUUUUUUAGCCCACUCUAAUUUCCUAAUUCAAAGUUCAUUAUCCACACAGGUAACAGAAACUAGGGCCCUUUUUAUCCUGUCUUGUAAAAUUUUGUGCAAACGGAAGGUCUUGUCAAAGUAGUACUCUUGAUUUGCUGGGAUGUUUAGUACUUUCAAGGUUGUUUAGAGAAAUGAGAAUGUACUGGCCAGUAUUAAUGUCUGGAGUGGUAUGCUGUUUGUUUCCCUUUUUUAAUACGGUUCCUUUCAUAAUUAUUUACUGCUGCUUCGCUUCCAUAGCUGUUGAUCGAUCAGUUUCUUCAAGUCUGUCAGAUGCAAGAGAUGCCUUAGUGAAUGCAGUGGUAGAUUCACUGUCUGCAUAUAUGUCAACUGCAUCAAAUCUCCAGCAAUCUGCUUUAAUUGCUCCAAAUUCCCUCAGGCUGUUUCCUCUGUAUGUUUUGGCUCUCUUCAAGCAGGUACUUCAUAUGAAUAGCAAUUGUUAUUGACGUCAGGCGAUUUUGAAACUUUGAUUUAGUUACAGAAACAUUGGUGAAUUACAUGAAAAUGCAUAGUUUAAAAGCCUACCUUCUACCUUCUUUUUAAUGUGCAGCUUUAAUUUGUGGGGGGCACUGUAUAGUGUAAAGAGCCUAGAUGCCAGGUUGCUUAAAAGAACUUGCAAAGAUGUAACUAUUGAGAGAGUUGCACAUAUGUCUGUUUUUAAAGCUGAGUACUUAUCUGUAACACUUGUUUUGUCAUAAGAGGUAUUUGUAACAAAAGGAUGGAAUUAACUAUUUUUGAAAGGUUGCUCUUAGCUCUAGUUUUGUUUGAUUUCUUUAAAAUCUAGUUACCUAGUCACUGCACAACUAGUUCCAUACACCCAGAGGAAGGCUGGCUGUGUGUUUCUAAAACAGAAGGCGCCAUGCCCCAGACAGACCUCUUUUGAAACUUAGGGUCCUUUCAUAUUUUUGAUAUGAUUGAGGUGGUAGCUGCCAUUCAAUGAGUGGUUGAAUCAAAAAGUAGCCACUACUAGCCACUCCCCAGACCUGCCCCCCCCCAUUUUAGCUACAAUAUUCAUCUGAUAAAUAAAAUAGUUUUUUGUUAAAUGAUAACUUUUUUUUUUGUUUUAUAGAAAGCAUUUAGAACUGGUACAAGUACACGCUUGGAUGAUCGUGUAUAUGCUAUGUGCCAAAUAAAAAGUCAGCCUCUGGUUGGCUUGAUGAAGAUGAUCUAUCCUAAUCUAUAUAGGAUAGACAAGCUUACUGAUGAGGUAUGUUACAAUUUUUAUUGCUUCUGGACAGAGAUAACCUGUCUGCUGUUUUAUAGGUUCCGGGAAUGUUCCGAUUAGACACCUCUACUAAAAAUAACUAGGAAAAUUUGAUUCACAGUAUAGCAGUUAGUUUUCUUGCUGGGGCUAUUCAUAUAAACAUCUUGCUGGAGAGCUGCACCAUUUUCCCGAUCCAUUUUCUAGCUCAGUUUAAAUGCUGGAUUCUAGCUUUAAAGCCCUUCAUGGUUUGGGACCCAGGUGCCUGAAGGAUCAGUUUCUGCCAGUUAAACUUGCCUAAUUGUAACACAUUAUCCAUGGCUCUGUCAUUAGAAAUUAGGUAGGUGGUGAAUGCUCUCUCCCAAGAGAUUUUCCCUAGCACUGAAUCUGUCAGCUUUUUAGGCUUCAGUACAUUGGGAGAGUAGAAGGAAUACCGUAUUUUUCGCUCCAUAGGACGCACUUUUUUCCCUUCAAAAAUGAAGGGAAAAUGUGUGUGCGUCCUAUGGAGCGAAGACGCCAUAGCCCCGCGACCCUCUCCCGGCUGGAGAGGUGACGCGCGGCUAUGGCAGGAGCCUCUACAGCCCCGCGUCACCUCUCCAGCCGGGAGAGCGCGCGCGGGGCUAAAGAAGCACCCCGCGACCCUCUCCCGGCUGGAGAGGUGACGCGCGGCUAUUGAGGCUCCUGCCAUAGCCGCCCGUCACCACUCCAGCCGGGAGAGCGCGCGCGGGGCGCCAGCAGCCCCCCGCGACCCUCUCCCGGCGGGAGAGGUGACGCGGCUAUUGAGGCUCCUGCCAUAGCCGUGCGUCACCUCUCCAGCCGGGAGAGCGCUGCGAGGCUAGAAGCCAUAGCCCCGCGACCCUCUCCCGGCUGGAGAGGUGACGCACGGCUAUGGCAGGAGCCUCUCCGCUGCUCCCUGAACUGCUCUUUGGGACUGGUGGUGGGCUUCCCCCCGCCAGCCCCAAAGAGCAGGUCGAAGGAACCUGAAGCCUGGAGAGCGAGAGGGGUCAGUGCACACCGACCCCUCUCGCUCUCCAGGCUUCCAAGGUAGCCGCCUGAACGCACCUUAAACGGCCCCUUGUUUUAGAGCGGGAAAACAAGAGGGGGAAGUUCUCCACCUCUCUGCACAGCGCCUCCUGCCACUUCUCUGUAGGGGCGCUGUGCAGAGAGGGGGAGAAUUUUUUUUUCUUGUUCUCCCCCCUCUAAAACAAAGUGCGUCCUAUUGUCCGGUGCGUCCUAUGGUGCGAAAAAUACGGUACUUUUUGUGGUCUUUAAUAUAGUGUGAAUGUUAGGAGUUACAAUGUUUUGGUAUUCUAUGUAUUUAAUUUUCUGGAUGUAUAUUCUUUAAAGUUUGUUGACAAAUUAUUUAACAGUGCAAGCAUCAUUAUUUAAUUAUUUAACAAACUCUACAUUGAUUGUAGAAGAGCUUCAAAGCAGUUUACAAAAAAUAUAUAUAAAACAGUAAAAUUAUCACUAAAAAAAUUUACAGCUGUAAUUUAAAACCAUACAAAAGGUUAGAACCACAGCAAAAUGGACUAAAACAGUUAAAACUCCUACAGACUUUCUAAACAUCUGUGCAGGUUUGUCUAAAUAAGAAUAUAUUCAGCAAUAUAAACAGCAGAAUGUAACAUUUGAUGUAAAAACCAGAAAUGGAAGUUGGGGGAAGUCAACAGGGAGGGGGGAAAGUAGAAAAUGGAUGUUAAAUGAUGAUAUUGAAUAAUUGCUAUGAGAAAAGAAAAUCAAUAAAAUUAUUUUUUUUAAAUGUAUUCAGCAAGCGCCAAAAGGAAUACAGUGAAGGUACCUGCCUGCUAUCAAUAGGCAGGGAGUUCCAGGGUCUUUCAAGUGCUGCUGCACUAAUAUCUGAAUUCUAUUAAGAGCCUCCUCACAAUUAGCAGAACUAAUGGAGGCCGUUUACAAUGUUUCCCAAAGUUUUGGUAUUCUAUCCCAGACAUCAUACUUUCUUAGGCUUGUUCACAGACUGGAAUUUACUAAACCCUUCUUUGCUGUUUGGACUUAGUGACAACUCUGAUGUUCGUUUACAUGAACAAUAACCUCAACUUCAGUUUCCUCAUUUAUUGUGUUGCAUUGUGAUUUAUGUUGUGAGUGCAUGUGCCCACCUCCUAACUGUUGAAUUAUUGCUGCAGUGCUACUGAAUUGUAUAUCCAUUUUCAUGUAGACUUAAUUUUCACCUCCUUGUAGGGUGCUAUACAUGUCAACGAUAGAGUUGUACCCCAGCCACCUCUUCAGCGGCUGUCUGCAGAGAAGUUGACAAGGGAAGGAGCUUUCCUUAUGGACUGUGGCUCAGUAAGUUGCACAGAUGGGGCAACAUACGAUUUAGUCACUAUCUUACUUAAUUUGUAUCCCACCCUUCAUUGCACAGUAAUUUUAGAUGGUUUUAUAAAAUGUUGCAUUAUCAUUUUUUAAAGGGGCUAUAAACUUAGUUUUUAAUAAGGAAACUGUCAUGUUUAUCUGCAAGCACAUCCUCAUUAUGUAAAUUGUCGCAGUUUGCAUAUUUUUAAAAAGCAAUUUCAUUCUUGAGAGAAUCUUGGUUACAUUAGCCAGAUGUGUUUACUUUAAUAACAUUGUACCUUUAGAUAUUGUACCUUUGGAUUGGAAGAAAUUGUGCUAAUAACUUCAUAAAAGACGUCCUCGGAUGCCCUAAUUAUGCAGCUGUUCCUCAGAAACUGGUGAGGGUUAAUUUUUUAAAAAUAUGUAUUUAUAAAUAAUUUUAUUUGUAAUAUUUAUAUGAAAAUAAUAAUACCUGAAAUACACAUUCUUAUGUUAAUGUUGAAAUCGAGAUUAGAUUUCCUUUUCCGCAAUGCAGUCUGGUCAUGGGAUCCACAAGGUGUUGAGCACCCCUUUCUUGUGACCAGCUGUGGGGCAUAGAAAUGUUGCACUUCUGCCCCUAUAUUCUUGUUUUGGAAUUGAUAGCCUUAAGCUGGAUUCCCAGGGGGCAUCAUUUUCUGGCUUGCCUCAGGCACCAUAAUGUCUUGGGCCAGCCCUGAUUCAAGGCAUGAGUCUUGUUGUGGUUUGAUAUGGGGUGGUCAGGGUAUGCCAGUCCACUGGCUGUUCCUUCCUCUGUCCUUUGGGGGACUCCCCAGUUUAGAGCAUACCUUGCACCAGUGUAACUUUGUCCUACACAAUAAGCAGUGGAUCAUGCCAUAACAUUUUUUUUUUUUUUGGUUUAAGGAGCUUUUUCUAGCAACAGAUUAUUUCUGAAGCACAUCAUUGCUUGAAGAAAAGCCAUUUAAACAUUUCUGUUGUUCCUUAAAGUGGCUUGUACAUAUCUACUUAUACAAAUUCAGUAUUUAUAAACAUGAGAUAUAAGCAAUACACUUUAUUCUCUCCUCCCAGUCCUCCUCACAAAACAGUUAUCUAGUUUCAUUUUGUAUUAUUAGCAUUUUAGUCUGCCUUGAGAGAGGCAGGAUAUAAAUAAAUAUACAGAAUAAAAAUAGAUAAUGGAAUAAAUAAAGAAUUCAAUUGUUCUUAUGUUAUUUGAAUUUCUGAAUUAUGCAACACAUCAUUGGUGUUUAAUUGAACUUUAACAUAAUCAUGCUAUUGAAUUAAGGAUAAUAAAUAAUAUUUGAAUUCUUCUAGACACAGCUUCCAGAAUUAGAUACUCUUUCUUCAGAGCGAACCAGGUCCUUCAUAUCCUGGCUUAAGGAAAGUAAAUCUCUAAGCCCAGUACUUCAAGUAGUAAAGUAAGUAUCCACUUACUUUAGUAAGUAAUAAAGUAAGUAUUCACUUACUUUAUUAGCAGAUUGAUCCUUGACUGACUGCAAUAAUAUUUUAAUACACAACAGCUCUUUGUUUCUUCUUAAUAGACAUAUUGUGCUAAUUAUAUCUUGUUAUAAAAUAAUAUCUAUCUCCACUGGAUUCUAUUGAUCCAGUGUGUGUGUGUGCUUAAAUGCACAUAGCAAUCUAAUAUUCUAUUGAUUGGAGAAAAACAUGAAUCUUGCCAAGUGCUCACAGAUACUAAUCAGUGCAUAAUAAUGUCAUAAUUUUGAUUUAGAGAAGGAUGGACAACUGAUACUUAGUGUCAGCUGGGGCCAGGAGUGGGGAAAUCAAUAGGUUUUUCUAGAAAGAGUUCGUGAAACAGGGACAGGGAACCUGCAACCCUCCAGAAGAUGUUGGAUUCCAACUCCAUGGCUGGGCCAUCUGUCCCAGCCCACAUGGCCAAGAGCCAGGUAUGGUUGGAGUUGUUGACAUCCAUCUAUCUCGAGAAAGAAUGGAGUGCGCUUCCGGGGGUGAAGUCAAACCGCUGGAGAAUCACAGCACCUCCUAUAGCUACACAGACCAGUAACUUGUAACUGCUGCUUCCACAUUGUUUUUGCUGCCUUAGCAGCACCAAAAUAACCUCUCUGGGGCACAAGCCAGGGCUGUACGUAUGGUGGUCCUGAUCUGCCCAGAUGACAAGACACACACCCUCUCAGCCUCGCUGAUGUGGCCCAAGGAAAGGCAGAGCAAUACGUUUAGCACCAGCUUGGCAGCAGGAGUAGCCAGAAGGAGGCAUACAAGGUGCCAUCCAACAGCCUUAGGGACUCUACUCCAGAGUUGUAGUUCAACAAAAUCUGGAGGGCCACAGGUUUCUCAUUCCUGGCCUAAAAUCAUCUGAUGAGAGUGGAGUGGGUAAGGUUGCCUUUUUGGGGGGGUUUGACACUUGGUACCUAUUUAGACAUGUUUCUCAGAGUUAACAAGAACAGCAUGUGUUUAGCAAAAAAUAGAGGUGAUGAUAGUUUUGCACUUCCAAUAGCUACAGGAAGAAACAUGAGGUGCAGUGUUAGGUGUAGGGAAUUUUGUUUAUGGAAAUGGGGGUUGAGACAUCUUUGUGCUCUUGUCCUUGUCUGGUCUCAUCCCUAAUAUAGGGCAUAUAGAAUGACUGGCCAGCUGUCCCUUCUGUAUUUGGCUGGUAUUAAGUGCCAGAUUGGCAGGUAACUACAAUAUUACUGACUCAUAAUCUAAUACAGUGGACGCUUGGGUUGCGAACGUGAUCCAUGCGGGAGGCACGUUCGCAACCUGCAGCACUGCAUCUGUGCAUGCGCAGGUUGCAAUUCGGUGCUUCUGCGCAUGCGCAAAGCACGAUUUGGUGCUUCUGCGCAUGCGCCAAAACCCGGCAGUAACCCGUUCCAGUACUUCCGGGUUCACAACCCGAAAAUGCGCAACCUGAAGCGUCUGUAACCCGAGGUAUGACUGUACUGAAAGAAUUGGCUCUUCUGACUUCUACUACUGAGAGCUGACUGGAUGACACUUGGAAUAUUGUAUUGGCUGUGCUGAUUCCUUCCAGGAAUUCAGUUUUGCACCAGACUAGGUGGCGGUUGCUGUUGUCGGUUCCCUGUGCUCCCCAUGAGCUCUUAGAAUUGUGAAUUAAAGGGCCGUAAGUCAUGUACAAAUGUUGGAAGAAACAAAUACAAGGUGGGUUGUUGUUUUUUCUGUUUCAGAGAUGAAAGCCCUACAAAGGCAGAUUUUCUUCAACAUUUAGUUGAAGACAAAACCGAGGCAGCAUUCUCUUACUAUGAAUUUUUGCUUCACAUUCAACAACAAAUUUGUAAGUGAGAAGGAAGAAACUGAAAUAAUAAUAAAAAAAACAUUUCUGGACUUAUACAAAUGUCAGCUGUGAAAGAAGUACACUGGAAAUGAUAAACAGACAUGGGUUCUUCAGCAUCCAUAUCUAAAGCUUUUCAGCUAAGAGGACAGAGUACACAUUUCCAAAGGAAUUUUACGGUUUUGCUUCAGUAUAAAAAUGAUGGCUAUGAUGCAGUUUUAGUACUAUGUUUUUAAGUUGGUUUGUAUGCGUUUUCAAUAGUGCAACGAUAUGGUGCUUCUGUUUCAAGCUGGUGAACUUACAUAGCGAUGUGGAAUAGUAUUUCUUAAUGAAAUCUAAAAUUGGAGAGCUUCCCCCCCCUCAUAUUUACUAUGGUAGCCAGAUUAUCUCCAGCAGAGAUGCCAAAGUGCAGUGCUCCAUGCUGUUUAUAUGAAUUUGUAAGAGAAAAUUCGUAUUUGAAGACUUCACCAUUUUCUCUGUGAAGACUGUAGAAUUUCAAUACAGCAUACAUGAACUGUAGAAAUGAAAUAUAUAUAGUGUACAGAAGUAUUAACAUUUGUAAAGAAGUUGUAAAAAUGUAACUACAGACUAUGAAUUGGUUAGCGUGCUGCAGUGUUUGUGAUUUGAUGACAAAUCACUAUCAGUUAAAGAAUAAAGAUGACUAAUGCAUAUUAAAUCUGAAUCCACAUAGAAAAAAUGCAACUUUGUAAUCCAUUUAAUUCUUUUAUGUGGAUUUAUUUAUGAUCAGCUAAUUAAAAGUAUUUUGCUUGAUCAUGUGUUUUUAUAUCUACAUGAUUACUAAAUUCUAGACACUAAUAUUGAAUUUGGCUUGCUGUAUUAAAGAGAGAAUGUUUACUACUUUAUUGUAUAGAAUUCUGGGGAAAGGAUAAGUGGAAAUAUGGCUGAAUUUGGAUUGUGUAAAGGAUAUAGCUGACUUGUGACACUACCUGGCAUUUGAUAGUGUCUUUUAACUGGUUUACUUUAUGUACUCUGCAACAAUUGUGGUCCUGGAUCCUUUAUUUUCUCUUGCCACCAUGAGACAUUAAAGAAAAUUUAUAUUUCACUUUAAGCUGGGAGUUUCUUCAACACAUAAUCCAAGUACAGACUCACAUUUAUCUUGGUGUAUUUUUUACUUGAGCUCUUAUGCACAUAUGGAGAGAGAUGUCUGUUUGGGUGCUGCAUCACAAAUUUGGUUUUCUUUAAUUUUUCAUGUAAUAGUAAUGGGACAUUAUAAUUUUUCAAAGCAAUGCAUUUCUUUUUUUAAAAGAUGACAAAUACACGAAUGCACUCACUAAUAUAUACCUGUGUCCCAGUAUACUUUUCAUCUGUGCACAAUUUGUAUAUGCAACAAAAUUUGUGUUGUUAUUAUACUUUGCACCUUUUUAUUUUAUGGAUAAAUACUUGUGGCUACAUUUACCUUAAGAUUGAAAAAGCAUGCCAAAGGAUUUCAUAGAAGAAAAAUCAUCUGCUUGUUCAACUUUGUUUAUGGCACAUUUAAGUCUAAGAAUGUUUAUUGCAGCAAGAAACCGUCACCUAACAUUUUAAAGUUAGUGUUUCCCAUACUUGACCUGAGGGGGGGGGGGAUAAAAUGAGUCAAAUUUAUUUUGGUAAAGAAAUCAGCUGGUAAUAUAUGUCAUAUGGAGCCAUAAAUGUUUCAGAUGUAUUAGUGUGAUCUUAACAAACAAUUAAUUUGAAAUAAAAUGUUGCUUGUGGAGCUUAGUGCUGAUAAGCCAAAAACAUCCAAAGCCAUGAUGUAUGGUAAAUGAUCUGUAAAACCAUUACUUAAAGCUCUAUUAUUCUAUAUUUUGUAUAUAAAAAAUGCUGAAAUGUU